CCACGGCCAGGUGCCUGAUUGAGUUCUCAAGCACCCGCUCAAAAAACUCCAUCAGGUCGUCGGCAGGGUUUUGAAAGACGUGGGGGCUGAGGUGAUGGGUCAGGGCACGUUCGAUGCACCCACAACCGCCGGGGCAGUAAGUGAACUUCGACAAUACAACGGGCGACUGCGGGGGUGGCGGCAGCAGUUUCCACGAGGAGCCGACGAUUGGGAAGUUGUUUUUUGGAAUGAAGAUUUGAAAGGUUUUUUCCCUUCGGUCCCACAAGACUGGCUGAUUGCCGACGUGGAAUCCUUGCUGCGGGAGUUCGUGGAUGGCCGGGCCGGAACUUUGAAGGAUGAAAAGAAUUUGGUGUUUACGGUGUUCCCUAAAGACCCUAAGCGGAAGACGGUGUGCGGCUUGGUUCGCGAUCCAGAUGGCGUUCACAUUCCUGUGAAGUUCGUGAUUCCGGUGCUCCGUCACGCACAGGAAGCGUCGGUGUUUCUGUGCGCUGGUGAGGUGGUGCGCCAGAUUCGGGGGGCGUUCAUCGGAUCUCCACUGUCGCCGGCGUGGUGCACGAUCUCAGUGAUGCAGAGGGAACGGGAUUGGAUCAGGUCGGCGCUUGGGCGGGUUUUGCGGUGUCAGGACAUGUGGAUGGCGUUGCGGUACGUCGACAACAGGCUGGUGUUGGGAUUCAGGAACCGGUCUGGCGUGGUGUUGGUUCCUUCUUCACUGCUGGAUAGCGAGUUAUAUUUGCCCCCUGUGGCUCUUGAGAAGGAGCCAGCCAACGAUUUCGUAGGGGUCAAGAUCAUGACCGAAGGGACCACCGUGGAAACGCAGUACAUUGUGGAGGGUUUCGACGGGAUUGCCAAGCGGGGAGGCGUGGGAAGUUUUCCAGAACAGCACCGGUGGCGGUACCGAAGCUCGUUGUCUGGGGGGAGCCAAUCAGUGAAGGUAGCAGGGUUGUUGGGGAGAUUACACCAAGCCGUGCGCCUGAGUUUCCCGGUUCCUCGCGCACAAAAGGCGGCGGUGCAGCUCGUAGGGGUGUAUGUGGCGCUGGGGCAUCGGUCCGAGGAGGUGGCGCGGGCCGUCUCAGUAAUUCGAAAGCGGUACCCGCAGGCAUUAGGAAAGGUGGGCGAGAGUCUGGCCCGGGCUGCUCGUAGGGGGGAUUUGGCGGAGAUCGUGCGCUUGCAUGAUGGCUUGUGAAAUAUCGCCCUUCUCCUUCCUCAUCCCCCCAGCGGUCUUCUGUGUCCCGCGGCCAAUGCUGUUGCCACGCAGGAAGGGUGGGGAGGAGAAAACGGUUGGGAAAAGCGGCGACCGCAACACUCACGAGAGAACCGCGCAUUAUGGAACAG